CGCUCUCAGAUUGUACAGAUCAGCCAUCCCUCUGCGAUCUUCUCCAACUCCUCACUGAUUCUCUCUCACUCUUUCUUUCUCUCUCUAAACUCAUCAAUGGCUACUCUCUCUCUCCGCCUUCACAACCUUCUCUCCUCCAAAUUCACAUACAAAACGCCACAACUCUCACUCUCGUCGUCUUCUUCCUCACAUGUCGCUCUCUUUCCUUUCCUCACCUCUCCUCAACUUCGUCUCAGAACCUCACAUUCCCUCUCCAUCAAAGCCUCUUCUUCCUCCUCCUCAUCAUCUUCAUCGUCAUCUUCUUCUUCUCCGACCACCAUUGCCCAACCACAAGGAAUCAAGAUUAAAUCCAUUCCCACUAAGCCGAUUGAAGGCCAGAAAACUGGAACGAGCGGUCUCCGAAAGAAAGUGAAAGUUUUCAAGCAAGAAAACUACCUUGCCAAUUGGAUUCAGGCAUUGUUUAAUUCGUUGCCUCCAGAGGAUUACAAAAACGGAGUUUUGGUUUUGGGCGGUGAUGGUCGGUACUUUAACCGUGAAGCCGCACAGAUCAUUAUUAAAAUUGCGGCUGGGAAUGGUGUUGGUAAAAUUUUGGUUGGCAUGGAAGGCAUUUUAUCAACACCAGCUGUUUCGGCCGUAAUCCGGAAAAGAAAGGCCAAUGGCGGUUUUAUUAUGAGUGCAAGCCACAAUCCUGGUGGGCCUGAUUAUGAUUGGGGUAUUAAGUUUAACUACAGCAGUGGCCAACCAGCACCUGAAUCCAUCACCGACAAAAUCUAUGGAAACACUCUCUCUAUCUCUGAGAUAAAGGUAGCAGACAUUGCUGAUGUUGAUUUAUCACGUCUUGGAGUUACAAAGUUUGGAGACUUCACUGUUGAAGUAGUAGACCCGGUUUCUGACUACUUGGAGCUAUUGGAGAGUGUAUUUGAUUUUAAGCUUAUCAAAAGUCUCCUGUCAAGGUCGGAUUUUAGGUUCAUAUUUGAUGCCAUGCAUGCUGUUACUGGUGCAUAUGCAAAACCUAUCUUUGUGGAUAAGCUUGGAGCCAAUCCGGAUUCAAUUGCAAACGGAGUGCCUUUAGAGAACUUUGGACAUGGUCAUCCAGAUCCUAAUCUGACCUAUGCUAAGGAUUUGGUCAACAUUUUGUAUAGUGAAAAUGGACCUGAUUUUGGUGCUGCAAGUGAUGGUGAUGGUGAUAGAAACAUGAUUCUGGGUAGAAGUUUCUUUGUUACUCCUUCAGACUCUGUUGCAAUUAUUGCAGCCAAUGCACAACAAGCAAUCCCAUAUUUCCAAAGUGGCCCAAAGGGUUUGGCCCGAUCUAUGCCAACAAGUGGCGCUCUUGAUCGAGUUGCUGAAAAGUUGAGUCUCCCAUUCUUUGAGGUCCCCACUGGUUGGAAGUUCUUUGGGAAUCUUAUGGAUGCAGGGAAGUUAUCAAUUUGUGGGGAAGAGAGUUUUGGAACAGGUUCCGAUCACAUCCGUGAGAAGGAUGGCAUUUGGGCUGUGUUAGCUUGGCUAUCAAUCAUUGCAUACCGAAACAAAGACAAGAAACCAGGGGAGAAGUUGAUCUCCGUUGCCGAUGUUGUGAAGGAACAUUGGGCAACCUAUGGAAGAAAUUUCUUUUCUCGUUAUGACUAUGAGGAAUGUGAAUCUGAAGGUGCCAAUAAGAUGAUAGAUUAUCUCAGAGAUCUGAUCUCCAAAAGCAAGCCUGGCGACAAGUACGGUAAGUUCAUAUCUCUCCUUUCUCUUGGUAUCAUCUUCAUGACCCGCUGGCUGGGUUUGGGUACUAAAUAUUGUCAUGUCUCAGGAAAUUAUGUACUCCAAGUUGCCGAUGACUUUACAUACACUGAUCCUGUCGACAGUAGCGUGGCAUCAAAACAAGGUGUUCGGUUCGUUUUCACGGAUGGCUCGAGAAUCAUAUUUCGUUUAUCGGGGACUGGUUCAGCCGGUGCAACCAUCCGAGUUUACAUCGAACAAUUUGAACCAGAUGCCUCUAAACAUGAUGUUGAUGCUCAAAUAGCCUUGAAACCGUUAAUAGAUCUGGCAUUAUCCGUAUCAAAGCUGAAGGACUUCACUGGAAGAGAGAAGCCAACAGUCAUCACAUAAAGUACGAGUAGAUACAAAUCAAUUUUGCUUAUCAACUAUGCCCUUAAAGUUGCCAUCACUUUUUUUUUUUUUUUUUUUUUUCCAACCUUGUCUAGUUUUAUCAUUUUCAUAUUCCUCCUUUUCAGUUUUGGUUGUAUGCAAGGUAAUAAUCUGGUUGAGGAAUAAAUAUUACAAAGUUCAUCUGCGUAGAACAUGUGAAUAUAUAAAUGAGAAUUCCAGUUU